UUUUAUGGUUUAUAUUUUGGUUCAUGGAAAAAGGGUUUACAUAAACCCUUAGUUGUUGGUGGUGUUUGUUUUUGCAGCGAAAAUGUCUGGCAAAGGACCUGGUUUCUUCUCUGAUAUCGGCAAGAGAGGCAGAGAGAUUCUCACGAAGGAUUACAACUCCGAUCAAAGAUUCACCAUCUCUUCCUCCACCAAUACCGGUCUCGACCUGAACUCAACAUUGGUGAAGAGUAGAGGACUUUCCUCUGGUGACGUGGCUGCGGAAUUCAAGUAUAACAACAAAGCUGUUAAUGUCAAAGUUGAUACUGAAUCAAAUGUGUUGACGACAUUCACUGUCUCUGAUGUUGUGCCAUCUGCAAAAACCAUUGCUUCGAUACGUCUACCUGAUUACAGUUCUGGCAAGUUUGAGGUUCAGUAUCUUCAUGAUCAUGUGGCUUUUACUGUUGGUGUUGGUUUAAACUGUUCCCCUGCUGUUGAUUUUUCUGGGACUAUGGGUACACCCAGCAUUGCCUUUGGAGCAGAAACCAGCUACUCCACAAGUGUUGGCAAGUUUACGAAAUACAAUGCUGGUGUGUGCUUGAAAAUGCCAAGUUCCAAUGCUUCAGUAAUAUUAGGUGAUAAGGGAGACUCCAUGAAGGUGUCAUAUUUGCACCAGUUAGAUAGAUUGAAUGGGGGAGCUGUUGUGGGAGAGAUUAGCAGAAGGUUCUCUUCAAAUGAGAACACAUUGACAGUUGGAUGUUCUUAUGUGGUUGAUCCGCAGACAGUUGUGAAAGCAAAACUGAACAACCAUGGCAACCUUGGGGCUUUAUUGCAGCAUGAGCUAACACGUAAAUCAUUCUUGACAAUCUCGGGUGCUUUUGAAACAAAGGAUUUGGACAAGAAUCCCAAGUUUGGUUUCUCACUCUUGCUCAAGCCUUAAUAGAUUCAUGAAUAGAGGAUUUUAUGAAUUUGUUCGUAAGCAUGUUGACAUUUCCGUGGUAUGUUACAUAAUUCAUACACACUUGACUGUGUAUAUUUGAAGAGUAUCCCUUGUUAGUCAAGACCAAUGACAUGCCCGGAACAGAUAACAUGUUUAAAUUCUUUUGAUGAGGAUUCUAUUAGUCACUAGUCAGUAAUUUGAAUUUACAAAACAAAUCAAGCAUGCAAGCUGCAUCACCAUCUCCCAUCACUGUCUGGACAGUUUUAUUGGGAAAUGCACUCUCUUGUAGUCCAGAGACAAUUAUAAACAUUUAGCAUACAUCUUGAUUCUUGUAGCAGUUUGUGCAUAUUGAAUUUCUGUGAGCAUAUUGCCCCUAUUAAAUUGCUACGUACAUUUGUAAUAUUGUAACUGAGCGUGCAAGUUAUAUACAAGCUUCCCUUUAAUAUUGAAUUAAAAUUUGAUA